GCGUGCUUUGUUUAGUGUUAUGAAAUUUAACAGUAGCUAUAUAACUCCACUUAAAUCAAACGGAGCUAUUAUAUAACUAACUAGUUAGCUACCUAAAGAUGUCGCUUUACAGAAAUGCCGUUUGGUUCGUUAAAGGACUUCAAGAAUACACAAAGUGAGUAUCGGUAUUUGCUAGCUAGUGUUGCACAAAAAUAGAAGGUUGAAAUUUUAGGUUUGAGUGCCUGACACACACAUGCCUUCACAGUACAUAUUGAUGUUAGCAAAUAAACAAUGUAUUUGUUAGUUAGUAGUCAUACAGUUACUAUACCGACAACCUCAAUGUAACUGCCUUUACUUUGCCUUUUUCAACAUUAGUGUUUGCUUUAUUGUAUCUCAGUUCCUUAAUCACCAUCACCAAUAACCUUAUGUUGAGAUGAAUUUUUCUUGUGUUCAACAGAAGCGGAUAUGAAGCAGCAGCUAAGCAUUUUAUUAUUGGGGACCUAGACGUGAACCUGAGUGGCAGAUCUUUUGUGAUCACUGGGGCCAACAGCGGCAUUGGAAAAGCUACAGCCCAUGAAAUAGCCAAAAGAGGUAAGGCACAGUCAAUGUCCUAUGAGUGUUUAAAACAACAAUGAAUAUGGUUUUCACCUUGAAAUGUUUGUAACUAAUCUGUAAUAUAUCUGUGACCAUAGUUUGUACACGUUUUACUCAUCUGUAAUAUAACUGUUGACCAUAGUUUGUACACAUUUUUAGUUUCCAUUAUAGAGUGAGUGAUAGGCUAUUUAUUGAUUAACAGUAGAUUUAUGAGUGAGUGCUUGUAGGUGGGCCAGAUGGCAACAACCCUCAAGGUGAGGUCUCAUAGAGGUUUAUAUAGACAGACUCAAAAACCAAUCAUGAGGACACUAUGGUGUUCAACUCCUCAGGUGGCUGAUCAUUAGUCGUGUGAAGGGGUUCUUUGAGGUCACUAUAGUUUACCCAGUGUUUGAAAUAGGGUUGAUGUUUUAUUGCAGGAGGGAUGGUCCACCUGGUGUGUCGUAACAAGGAACGGGCAGAGGAGGCUAAAGAGGAGAUAGUGGAACAUAGUAAAAACCAGGUGAGGAGGACUGAAUGACACAAAGAAAGAAUCAGUACAGAAAGAAACACCACACACAUUUAUUCAUGCCCAGCAACUGCCUGGUGAGGGAUUAAGAGCAAACCAUUGAGUAAAUUGUGAACUGCUUUGUUCAUGGGGUCACAAUGUGGCAUAUUCAUGAUGUCAUCAUGAGUUAGGUGCUGCACAGAUUAGCUAGGCUAAUCUAACGAUGAUAAGGAUAUUUUAUGCCCAUUUGGGUGGAAGUUGAGGUGAUAUACAGAUGAGAUGAUCUGCUUCCUGCCUUGCUUAGACUGAUUAAUGUGGACAGGCACUAAGUCAAACAGAAACAGAGGCUUGUUUGAUCCUGCACAGUCAUGUCUGGGGGUUGUUACGCCUCCGGUUUGGUAACAAAGUAACACUGCUGUGUCUAUACUCAAGUCCCAAGGCUCGCACUCUCCAAAUUCCAUGUUUGGCUUCUUUGUGAUCAAAUUUGAAUACUGUAAUCAAUCUUUCCAACUGCCAGCGUAAUAGUUCAGAAUCAGACUUAACGUUGUUCUAUGUUGUUGAUCAUUUUCUUUGAAAUUCUCUUUGUCUCUGCAGAAUGUCCAUGUUCACAUCGUUGACAUGUCCAGUGCAAGACAAGUGUGGGAGUUUGCAGAGAGUUUUGCAAAAAGCAACAGCAUUCAUGUACUGGUAAGGUAUCUGAAUCAUCUCCAAGCCCCACACAUGGGUUAGUCCAUUGAAUAGAUUAAAGGGUUCAUGGGCUGCUAGUUUGAAUAUGAUACUAUAUGAAUGAUUCAGUUUAAUAUGAGUGAUUGAGUAUGAUUCAACAUGAGUAAUUAGAUUCGCUAAGUUAAUUAUUAAUAUGCCAUUUAGCAGACGCUUUUAUCCAAAGCGACUUACAGUCAUGCGUGCAUGCAUUUUUUAAAUUUUUUGUGUAUGGGUGGUCCCAGGGAUCGAACCCACUACCUUGGCGUUACAAGCGCCGUGCUCUACCAGCUGAGCUACAAGUUUAUUCAUUAUGAUUCUUUCUCACCCAGAUCAACAAUGCAGGGUGUAUGGUAAACCAGAAAGAGCUGACAGAGGAAGGUGUAGAGAAGAACUUUGCUACGAACACUCUCGGUAAGUAAGAUCAACCCAAGGGCAGUAGUCACGUCUCAUUGGAAACGAUGCACACCACUUACUUAUAUAGGUUGAUACGUUUACUCACAAUGUUCUUCCUCAUCAUUACGGUUCACUUGGUUAGGUACCUUCAUCCUAACCACAGCGUUGAUACCAGCCCUGAAACAGGCACAGGACCCACGAGUGGUGAGUAAUGUCCUGCCUUAGACAUACGACAUUGGCCCAAUACUGAACAUGGUCACAUCAAUGAAAUGAGAAAAGUUAGAAAUGUGGCUCUUGUAUGGCCUUUCCUCCAUUAGUUCUGUGUUUACAGUGAGGGGAAAAAAGUAUUUGAUCCCCUGCUGAUUUUGUACGUUUGCCCACUGACAAAGAAAUGAUCAGUCUAUAAUUUUAAUGGUAUGUUUAUUUGAACAGUGAGAGACAGAAUAACAAAAAAAAAAUCCAGAAAAACUGAAAUCCUGCAGCGCCCGCAAGGUGCCACUGCUCAAGAAAGCAAAUAUACAGGCCCGUCUGAAGUUUGCUAAUGAACAUCUGAAUGAUUCAGAGGAGAACUGGGUGAAAGUGUUGUGGUCAGAUGAGACCAAAAUCGAGCUCUUUGGCAUCAACUCAACUCGCCGUGUUUGGAGGAGGAGGAAUGCUGCCUAUGACCCCAAUAACACCAUCCCCACUGUCAAACAUGGAGGUGGAAACGUAAUGCUUUGGGGGUGUUUUUCUGCUAAGGGGACAGGACUACUUCACCGCAUUAAAGGGACGAUGGACGGGGCCAUGUACCGUCAUAUCUUGGGUGACAACCUCCUUCCCUCAGACAGGGCAUUGAAAAUGGGUCGUGGAUGGGUAUUCCAGCAUGACAAUGAACCAAAACACACGGCCAAGGCAACAAAGGAGUGGCUCAAGAAGAAGCACAUUAAGGUCCUGGAGUGGCCUAGCCAGUCUCCAGACCUUAAUCCCAUAGAAAAUUUGUGGAGGGAGCUGAAGGUUCGAGUUGCCAAACGUCAGGCUCGAAACCUUAAUGACUUGGAGAAGAUCUGCAAAGAGGAGUGGGACAAAAUCCCUCCUGAGAUGUGUGCAAACUUGGUGGCCAACAUCUGCGUCUGAUCUCUGUGAUUGCCAACAAGGGUUUUGCCACCAAGUACUAAGUCAUGUUUUGCAGAGGGGUCAAAUCCCUCAUUAAAAUACAAAUCAAUUUAUAACAUUUUUGACAUGCGUUUUUCUGGAUUUUGUUGUUGUUAUUCUGUCUCUCACUGUUCAAAUAAACCUACCAUUAAAAUUAUAGACUGAUCAUGUCUUUGUCAGUGGGCAAACGUACAAAAUCAGCAGGGGAUCAAAUACUUUUUUCCCUCACUGUAUGUGCUUGUAUUAAUGCCUAAUUCACCAGCAGAGGGCCUAAUGUGUCUGAACAAAUGCAUCAAAGGAAUCUAUUACAUUUUACAAAAACAAGAAAAGGACAUUUCCCAUCUGUCUAUAGCAGUCUAACAUCCCAUAUUGUCAUGAUGAUCAUCACCCCUCUCCUCCAGAUCACAGUGUCUUCAGGGGGCAUGCUGGUCCAGAAGAUGAAAGUAGACGACCUGCAGUCUGAAAGGGGGACAUUCGACGGCACUAUGGCCUACGCCCAGAACAAAGUAAGGAUAUGGUGCAUCUCUACUACCCACUCACCCAUGAGCGAAUGCAUUAUCUAGCCUACAGUGAGGGAAAAAAGUAUUUGAUCCCCUGCUGAUUUUGUACAUUUGCCCACUGACAAAGACAUGAUCAGUCUAUAAUUUUAAUGGUAGGUUUAUUUGAACAGUGAGAGACAGAAUAACAACAACAAAAUCUAGAAAAACGCAUGUCAAAAAUUGUAUAAAUAGAUUUGCAUUUUAAUGAGGGAAAUAAGUAUUUGACCCCUCUGCAAAACAUUACUUAGUACUUGGUGGCAAAAUCCUUGUUGGCAAUCACAGACGUUUCUUGUAGUUGGCCACCAGGUUUGCACACAGCUCAGGAGGGAUUUUGUCCCACUCCUCUUUACAGAUCUUCUCCAAGUCAUUAAGGUUUCGAGCCUGACGUUUGGCAACUCGAACCUUCAGCUCCCUCCACAUAUUUUCUAUGGGAUUAAGGUCUGGAGACUGGCUAGGCCACUCCAGGACCUUAAUGUGCUUCUUCUUGAGCCACUCCUUUGUUGCCUUGGCCGUGUGUUUUGGGUCAUUGUCAUGCUUGAAUACCCAUCCACGACCCAUUUUCAAUGCCCUGGCUGAGGGAAGGAGGUUCUCACCCAAGAUUUGACGGUACAUGGCCCCGUCCAUCGUCCCUUUGAUGCGGUGAAGUUGUCCUGUCCCCUUAGCAGAAAAAUACCCCCAAAGCAUAAUGUUUCCACCUCCAUGUUUGACGGUGGGGAUGGUGUUAUUGGGGUCAUAGGCAGCAUUCCUCCUCCUCCAAACACGGCGAGUUGAGUUGAUGCCAAAGAGCUCGAUUUUGAUUUGAUUUCUGACCACAACACUUUCACCCAGUUCUCCUCUGAAUCAUUCUGAUGUUCAUUGGCAAACUUCAGACGGGCCUGUAUAUGUGCUUUCUUGAGCAGGGGGACCUUGCGGGCGCUGCAGGAUUUCAGUCCUUCACGGCGUAGUGUGUUACCAAUUGUUUUCUUGGUGACGAUGGUCCCAGCUGCCUUGAGAUCAUUGACAAGAUCCUCCCGUGUAUUUCUGGGCUGAUUCCUCACCGUUCUCAUGAUCAUUGCAACUCCACGAGGUGAGAUCUUGCAUGGAGCCCCAGGCCGAGGGAGAUUGACAGUUAUUUUGUGUUUCUUCCAUUUGCGAAUAAUCGCACCAACUGUUGUCACCUUCUCACCAAGCUGCUUGGCGAUGGUAUUGUAGCCCAUUCCAGCCUUGUGUAGGUCUACAAUCUUGUCCCUGACAUCCUUGGAGAGCUCUUUGGUCUUGGCCAUGGUGGAGAGUUUGGAAUCUGAUUGAUUGAUUGCUUCUGUGGACAGGUGUCUUCUAUACAGGUAACAAACUGAGAUUAGGAGCACUCCCUUUAAGAGUGUGCUCUUAAUCUCAGCUCAUUACCUGUAUAAAAGACACCUGGGAGCCAGAAAUCUUUCUGAUUAAGAGGGGGUCAAAUACUUAUUUCCCUCAUUAAAAUGCAUAUCAAUUUAUAACAUUUUUGACAUACUUUUUUCUGUUUUGUUUUCUUGUUAUUCUGUCUCUCACUGUUCAAAUAAACCUACCAUUAAAAUUAUAGACUGAUCAUUUCUUUGUCAGUGGGCAAACGUACAAAAUCAGCAGGGGAUCAAAUACCUUUUUUCCCUCACUGUAUGACUGCAAAAUAAUUCUGUACAAAAUUCUGUUACAGUUCUGUUAUAUUCUCUGUGAAAGUGAUUUGCUGUGUGUUGUGGUGACAGAGACAACAGGUGAUACUGACCGAGAGAUGGGCGUCCCAGCAUAAAGAGAUCCACUUCUCCUCAAUGCACCCUGGCUGGGCUGAUACUCCAGGUACUAACACCGAUCUAAAGUCAGAAAUCUAGACAAAUAUUCAUCAGCACAAGCCUCCAUGCAUUUCUUAAUGAUUAUUCUGUGUUGGAAACUUGCUAAUGUAUCUGUGUCUCUGUGUUCCCUGUAGCUGUCCAGUUGUCCAUGCCUGACUUCCAUGCUAAGAUGAAGAACAAGCUGCGUACGGAGGCAAUGGGGGCCGACACGGUGGUGUGGCUGGCUGUCUCAGCAGUGGCCUCCAAGCAGCCCAGCGGACUCUUCUUCCAGGGUGAGACACAGGGAUGGAGAGGGUUGAGGGUGGAACAGGAAGGGGAGGGGAUAUAUUUGCUUAGAAAGGCCUCCUUGAUAGACACACCCUGGCUGUUUAAAUACCGUCCUGCUAUCUCUUACAUCUGCUCCUCUAUUUUCUUUCCCAUAAUGCCCCAGACCGAAUGGCGGUGCCCACACACCUUCCGCUGGCUUCAUCCAGGUCCUCUCCGGCCGAUGAGGAGAAGCUGCAGGCGACACUGGAGCAGCUCGCACACAAGUUCAAACCUUGACCUCUCCUACAGCGGUCAAAAGGUUAUGAACAGACAUACCCUCCAGCCCAUGUGUCCGUUGACAAGCACUCCUCAUUAUAGAUAUGCACUGUAUAAAGCGGACAUAGCGGGAAUAUUUGUACAACAAUUUAUAUUUAAGCCUUAUGAUCUGUAAAUACAUAUAUUGAAUGUACUGAUUGAUUGCUUGCUAUUGCUAAGAUCAAAGUGUAGCCACACAGAACAUUUCAAUGGCUCAUGUUUGGGGUAGAGGCCUUCACGGGUCCAAAAAGUUGGACCUGGGGUUUUCCCAUCUGGACCCGAUACGCAUAAAUAUGUUUUAAAAAUAGAGACCCGUUCCGAACGGACCCGUGGACAACUAGACCAGUUCCGUAUAGACCUGGUCCGAUCCAAUCAGAGUAAGAGAAGCAGCAGAUAAGUCCAUUUUUAAGCUACUUUAUUAGCCGGAGCUGAUUAAAGGGAGAGGAGGUAGAGAGAGGUGACGCUCUAGCAGGGGCCGUGCUGUGUGUGUAGUCUACUGUGAGUGUGAGCGAGUGACAUGGGGAACAGGGAGGAGGGAGAGAGAGACUGCAACCAACAAAGCCAACUCGCGCUAUA